UUCGGUAAAUUGCUAAUUGGAAAAAAGGAAAACGUUAUUUUUUUGCUUGUUAAAUUAUUUGCAAGCAAAAAGCAAAGCCUUUUCGCGAAAAGCAUGGAACCAAUCGUUACAAUCCCGGCGUUAUUAUUAAUAUAUCCGGAUAAGGUCGUUAAUUCCAUUUUAAUAUUUUUGUUACGGAAGCGCCGGCGUUUUUUACGUUGGCCGGUAAAGCGCGCGCUUUUAUUAUUAAUUAUUUGUAAUUCUGUAAUUUUUGCGCACGUGUUUUUCGUUAAUAUAAAUUCCGGCCAUAAUAAUAAACGGAAGGAUUAUUGCGCUGGCGGCCAAAUAAGUUUUAACAAUUGUAACGAUAUUUCGGUAAUUCGGAUCGCUUUAAAACCAAGCUUCGAUAUCCGUAUAGCACCAAACAAAGCUUUUUUGGAAUACGCUUACCCGAAAGUUUAUUUUAUUAAAAUUUUAUUUAUUUUUCGGUUUAAUUUAAUAUUUUUUUACGCAUUGCGCGUAAAAAUCGAACCAUUUUUUUAG